AAAAUAUCUAUGGAACUUGGAUCCAAUCCUAUGAUCGUUUCUUUUAGACCUGUUGCUGCUUCAACCAGAUAUCUUGCAGCUUGUACAAAUAAAUCUAGAGCUCUUAAUGAUGAUUUUGAUGUUAGAUGUGUCUAAGAAAGCUCUGUUGACACAUAUUUUAUAAUUGAGUAAAUCAAAGAUAAAGUAUAUCUUAUUAAAUCUGCUGCUAAACCAAAUCAUUAUUUAUUUUGCUCCAAUGAUAAUACAAGAAAAUUUUAAGACAAUUUUGAUGUUAGAACUCAUUCAUUUCAAGAAGCAAGAAACAAUUGGAUUAUUGAAAGUCAUGGAUGGAGUGUUUUUACAAUCAGAUCUGAGACUAAUCCUGAUCAAUUUUUAUUUGUUGCUUCUGAUAAAUCAAAUAAUCAUGGCAAGGAUUUUGAUGUACGAACUUAAAAUAAAGAAGAUUAAAAUAAUCAUUGGUAUAUUAUUACAUUUCCUAAUUUUACAACACCAUACCCUUUAAAAUAUGAUCCUAUUGUUGUUACAUUCAAACCUGCUCAUUUACCCUAAAAUAGUCUAACCAUUGGAAAUUAUCAUUAAGUAUUUUCUGAUGAUUUUAGUGUGAAUGUUAAUUAAAAUAACAAUUAACAUACUAAAUUUAUACUUGAUAGAGUAACUGGAGAUGCUUUUGCUAUUAGAUCAUUCUAAUUCCCUUCAUUUUAUUUAUUUAUCGAUAAUAAAAAAGAAUUGAAUCAAUUUCAUGAUUAUGAUGUCAGAUUUCAUCCAUUUAAAGAACUUAGAAAUAUCUGGUUAAUUGAAUAAACAGAAUCUAAUUUAUGGACAAUAAGAUCUCUAACCAAUCCUAAUCAAUAUUUGUUUGCAGUUUAAGAUGAACCACACAAUAAUUAAAGCUAUCCAAUAAGAACUCAUCCAUUUGUUGAAGAAAGAAAUAAAUGGAUUAUUGAUGGAUUAUUAUAAUAUUGA